AUGUCUGACUCAGAAGACGACGUUCCUCUCGGGCAGCGUGCGGCCGCAGCUGCCGUAAAGCCCGCGGAGGAUUCUGAAAGCGAGGACGACCAGCCCCUGGCUGCGAGGGCCAAGGGCCGUGCAGCGGCCCCCAAGCGAUCGCUGAAAGAUGAUUCUGAUAGCGAGGCCGAGGGUAGCGACGGCGAUGGCGGCAGCGACAGCGGCGAUGAGAACGACGACGGCAGCAGCUCGGACGGCUCAGACGAUGUGCCCCUUGCGCAGCGCGCCGCGGCCAAGACGCCCAAGAAGCGCGCCGCCGCCAAGCCCGCCGCCAAGCGCAAGUCCGCCGGCGGCAGCUCCACGCCCGCGGCCAAGCGCGCCAAGCGCGCCGGGGGCGGCGGCGGCGCCGCCGCGGCAAAGGCCGGGCGCGGCGAGAAAAAGUGGGACACCCUGGUGCACUGCGGCGUGCUUUUCCCUCCGGAGUAUGAGCCCCAUGGCGUCAAGAUGCUGUACGAGGGCAAGCCGGUGGACCUGACGCCUGACCAAGAGGAGGUGGCCACCAUGUUUGCGGCCAUGAAAGACACGGACUACAUUGCAAAGCCCACGUGA